AUGGACAACUCCACAAACUACGGCAGCAUUGCCGAAAAGGGCGAGCUCUACCACGCACCUCCAACCCGAAAAGAAGGAGCUCUUCCACAUCUAGCAGACUGGAUGUGCUUUCUUCCAGACGACAUGCCGAUCUCGGGUCUCUCAAUUCCAGGAACCCACGAUAGUGCUGCGUUCAUGAGUACUUGGCCAUUUGUCGCAACUCAGACGCUAACCACCGCGCAACAACUCGAUGCUGGAAUCAGAUACUUUGAUCUUCGGUGCGGCAUCAUCAAAGACGAGGUCCAGAUGGUCCACGGCAGAGCAGUCCUGGGUCUCAAAUUCUCUGAUCUCCUCGUCUCAAUGUACACUUUCCUAGAGAAACACCCCAAGGAAGCUAUCAUCAUCCAAUUAAAGCAAGACCGCAAAGACGAGUCCUCAACACGGCCUUUCUCUCAACUAGUCCUGAAUCUCAUGCACGAGCACUCCAAAUACUGGCGCUUGGAAACUACAACACCCACUUUAGGCGAACUACGCGGACGCAUACAAUUACUCCGUCGUUUCUCGACUUUCCAACAUCAACAAUUCACUACCGGCAUCGAUGUCACCAGAUGGCCUGAUAACCCACCUCUACCAUUUACGGUUCGCACCCGCGUAGGCGUGCAUCUCACAAUCCAAGAUCACUACUCCUUCUCUACGCCCGAAAACCUAUCUUCGCUGGUAGCCAAGAAAGGCGGCGAUGUAGCAAGCAUGCUCAUGCGCGCAUCUCGCGAUACAGAGCCCUGGCAUUGGUACAUCAACUUCAGCUCUGCCUUUGAAUUCAACAUCUACUACCAAAUCCCACCCAAAGACAUUGCGAUAGGCGGAUACUCGGUGUUCAGAUGGGUUGAGGGGAUAAACCUGCGAUUGUGCAACUUCCUCAAGCAGAGACUAGAUGAUGUGGACGAGCCUCAAAGGUUCGGAGUUGUGGUUAUGGAUUUUGUGGAGAAGCCGGCAACAGAUCUUGUCAAGACUGUCAUAGAGGCUAACUUUGUGGUGCCGGGUAAAAGAAGAGGUAGCAUGGCUGGUAAAAGGGUUGAGACGAUGGUGCUAGUUUUGGUGAUGAUUCUGGUCCUCUCGGCCUGGCUGUUGUUUGAGUGGCACAGAUUUGAUCAGGCUGGUGGACGAUGGUGCCCGAUAUUCAUGCACUCUUGUCCUUCAGGGCCUUUGUACAAAGCAAUAGCUUGA